AUGAGACGUUUCCUAAAGACCUUCCAGGAAUGUUUUGAAUGCAUCUCACACAUACACGGGCACAAAGCCCUAUGUGCCAUCGUACCUGUGAAGAAACCAUUUUUAAAUUUCCCAACAAAAUGUAAAGGUGUAACCUCCAAGUCUCCCUCUCCCGUUUUUGCUCUCUGCACCAGAGGACUGGGGCCUGACAGCGUCUGGGGCUCCCCAGACGGAGGAUGGGACACCCCUGCUCCCCAACAGACAAGUAGACCAGAAGGAGGCAGAAAGGGCUGGAGAGGGGCCACUCCGCCUGGCAACACUGCCCUCCUCCAGCAGAUCCCUCACUGCCUCCAAAGAGUGGGCAUCAUGGUCAUCCUUGGGCUCCCACCCCAUUCCCCCACACGGACCCUCCCCAGCAGAGCAGCCAAGUCAAGGAAUGGGGCGAAACCACCGUCACGAAAGGAACGUCCAGUGCUAAGGAGGCAUCUGACCAAAGCCGCUGCUGGUUUGUGGGAAAGUCCACUUACUCGAUUAAGCUCAGAACUUUCAGCACUUCUCAUGACACAGACCAGUGUGCACGUCACAAAUUCACGCUGA